AUGAGUAGAUCAGGUAAGACAUUAACGAAAUAUAAAAUCGUCUUCCUAGGUGAGCAAGGUGUCGGUAAAACAUCCUUAAUUACAAGGUUUAUGUAUGAUACCUUCGAUGACCAUUAUCAAGCAACCAUUGGGAUAGAUUUCUUAUCCAAGACAAUGUAUCUUGAUGAUAAGACAAUUAGAUUACAAUUAUGGGAUACAGCAGGUCAAGAAAGGUUCAGAUCUUUAAUUCCAUCAUAUAUCAGAGAUUCUAGGGUCGCCAUCGUAGUGUAUGAUAUUACUAAGAAGGAAUCAUUCGAUUUCAUCGAUAAAUGGAUAAAUGAUGUGAAAAAUGAAAGAGGUGAAGAUAAUGUCAUAUUAUGUAUCGUUGGGAAUAAAAAUGAUUUGACUGAUCAAAGACAAGUAUCCAUUGAAGAAGGAGAAAAUAAGGCAAAACAAUUAGGUGCUAAUAUUUUCAUGGAAACUUCCACUAAAGCUGGAUAUAAUGUUAAAACUCUAUUUAAAAGAAUUGCCAAAUCAUUACCUGAAUUUCAAAAUUCAACAAGUGAUCCGCUAAGUGGUGAUUCAAAAACCACUAGUGAUAAAAACGAUGCUAAUGUCGGUAAUGAUAAGGCUGGUAUCAUUGACAUAUCAACAGAGGAAGGACAACAACAAAGUGGAUGUCAAUGUUAA